AUGACGGCCAACUCGACUUCCUCUCCGUUUCCUGCUGCAGCAGGAGCAGCAACAUCUGCUGCUGCAGCAGCAGCAGCAGCAGGAGCAGCAGAGGCAGUAACUACCCCUGCAGCAGAAGCAGCAGCAGCAGCAGCAGCAGCAGCAGCAGCAGCAGCGAGUGUAGCAGCAGCAGAAGCAACACUUGAAUUAGCUGCUGUAGGGGGCCGCCUGACGAUUACUGCUAUCGUUCCGUCUGCUGCUAUUUCUGCAGCAGCAGCAGCAGCAGCAAGCCCAGCAGCAGCAGCAGCAGCAGCAGUAGCAGCAGACCCAGCAGCAGCAGCAGCAGCAGCAGCAGCAGAUGUUGAACACCUGGUGGAUUCCCUCGAUAGUUUGGGGCUGCAGAGCAGCAGCAGAAUAAAUACAAACAACAUAAAUGCUGCUGCUGCUGCUGCUGCUGCUGCUGCUACGCAGCAGCAGCAGCAGCAGGAGCUGGCGUUUCGUAUCCAUCAGCAGCAGCAAAAAGAUCGCAGCAGCAGCAGCAGGAGCUCGCGUUUCGUAUCCAUCAGCAGCAGCAAAAAGUCACAAACACCAGCAGCAGCAGCAGCAGCAGCAGCAUAA